CAUUUGUAGAUUAUUGAUUUGACUAUCUCGAAAAAAUACUGAGAAAUGUAUACAGAGAUUUUAUUGUAAUCAUUUAAAAAAUAUCGUAAGUACAUUACCGUAACAGAUAAAUCAUGUAAUGAUUAUCAAGCACAUCACAAUAUUUGGUUCUUGGAAUCUCAUGAACUAUUGGCUAAGACAAAGCUGAAUAAUCUUCGUGUAUUUAAUAUGCGGCAAUAGUUUAUUAAAGUCGCGAUGGCGGCAGACACCGCUGUAACAUCCAGUCCCGAGGAGACCCUUGCAUCCCUUGUGAGAGAAGCAGAAGCGCUUAAGCAAAAGUUGGAAGAAGAACGACAGAAAUUAAACGAUGUUACAUUAUCAUGUGUAGCAGAGCGCCUGGAGCCUAUAACAAUAAGUAACUUGAAAGUACGGCGCAUCUUAAAAGGACACCAAGCUAAGGUCUUGUGUUGUGACUGGUCACCAGACAAGCGGCACAUUGUCUCUUCAUCUCAGGAUGGCAAGCUGAUAGUGUGGGAUGCAUUCACCAGCAGCAAGGAGCUUACCAUUUCUAUGCCUAGUACUUGGGUGAUGGCUUGUGCAUAUGCCCCAUCAGGAAAUAUGCUUGCAGCUGGAGGCCUCGACAACAAGGUGACCGUGUUUCCACUGGGCGGUAGUGGUGAGGAGGAGCCAGCAGCGCGCAAAAGAACUGUAGCCACACACACCUCAUACAUGUCGUGCUGCCUAUUUCCCAACACGGACCGGCAGAUGCUCACGGGCAGCGGCGAUGGAACCUGUGCGCUGUGGGAUAUCGAGUCUGGCCAACUCUUGCAAAGUUUUCAGGGACACGGCGCUGACGUGACGUCUAUUGAUCUAGCGCCAAGUGAGAUGGGUGACACCUUCGUGUCGGGUGGAUGCGACCGCGCCGUGCUGGUGUGGGAUAUGCGAUCGGGACACGCCGUGCAAGCGUUCGAUGCACACCAAUCCGAUGUCAACAGCGUGCGCUUCCACCCAGCCGGUGAUGCGUUAGCCAGUGGCUCGGACGACGCUAGCUGCCGGCUGUUCGACUUGCGGGCUGAUAGGGAAGUGGCGCGCUAUGGUCGCGAGAGUGUGAUCUUCGGAGCUAACUCUGUGGAGUGGUCGGUAAGUGGCCGCGUGUUGUUCGCGGGCUACGGGGACUACACGGCGUGCGCCUGGGAUGCUCUGCGCGGAUCGAGGCUGGCGUUGUUGCCUGGACACGAGCACCGCGUAGCUGCGGUACGCCUUGCGCCCGAUGGCACAGCUCUUGCCACAGCCUCUUGGGACGCCACGCUGCGCAUUUGGGCCUAGACAGCAAUGACUACCACCUCAGAUGCACUGUUCAAAUCACUAUUUCCACCUGAAUGGCUCAGGCCGACAAGCUUAGAAAUAUCCUAAUUUACUAUUGGAAAAAUUUGACAUAAUCACAUGUAAUGUUUUCUUGCCUGUCAGUUUUAACUAGAUUAUCCUGUUAUUAAUAGUUUGUCCCUUCAUAUUAUCAUGCCUAAGGUGACACUGAAGAACUCUUCUGAUUCAAAUUAGACAUAUAUAUUACCAAGUCCUCUCAAUCAUUCAAUAUUUAGAUUUGUCAAUAAAAUAUCAUCUUUAACAUUAUUAUCUGGUAAGCAUUUACAAAUUUUAGUUGUUUAUUUGAUUUCAAUAAUAAACUCUAUUUUAAACAUUAAAAAUCUCGUUAUAUAGAUUAAAGAUCUGUGUCUGUGAAUCUAAUAAUUCAAAAUUGUUAUUUUCUGUCAAUUGUCACAAGCUAAAAAAAAAAAAUUUUCUGUGUCCAAAAUUCUCUCUGUAAGUUGCUUAAUAUCUCUGGUCUAAAUUAGUGAGACUUUUUGAACAUUCCUCUUUUAGUCAAAUGUUCAAUUUCAUAGCAUCUUUACCUUUAUAGAUCCACCAAAGUUUCAGUUGUGUUGUUCUUUUUACUAGUGUAAUAAUAAGUUAAUAUUGUGAGAGAAUCUUUGUUUUUGUAUGAUAGUCUAGAGAUAGCCAAAAACAAUGUGUUUAAAACGUGAGAAUUGCCGAUUAAGUCGUAGUUUUAUUAUAAUUAUAAUGUUUAUCUUUAGUAAUUUAACCCGAUAAAAAAUAUAUUAAAAUACUUUUGUCGUGAAUUGUAGAUCUUCAUAUAAUGAAGGAGUCGUAAAACGUAAUUCAGAUUUUGACAAUUACAUAUAUUGUUGAAACUGAAAAGUACUUAAAUUUCAAUAGCAAGAUAUUGCGGAAAUCAUUUGGGCGUAAAUGAAUUCAUGAGCAACUGAAUAUAAAUGUUAAUAAAUCAAGCGAUUACUUUUUUAAUAUCUAUAUGAUGUUAACUGUGUUCCUGAAUCUCUCGCAAAUAUAUAUGUUUCCUGUGUGUUUCAGACAGGCUACGCUAAGCCAAAUGUAACCAAUAAAGAUUUGUUACCUAUUUUAAUGAUUAUUCUGUAUUGUAUAUUUUAAGAUUUAAACAAUGUUAUAAGAAAAGCCCAGUCAUGUAGUAAAAAUAAAGUGAAUGUUGAA